AUGUUUCAAAUAUUUAUCACAAACAUAUAUAUUCAAAUAAGUGAACUUGUCAAUUCGAUAAAAACAGUGAAAACAUUAACUCCAUCAUCAUCAUCAUCAUCAUCAUCAUCAUCAUCAUCAUCAUCAUCAUCAUCAUCAUCAUCAUCAUCAUCAUCAUCAUCAUCAUCAUCAUCAUCAUCAUCAUCAUCAUCAUCAUCAUCAUCAUCAUCAUCAUCAUCAUCAUCAUCAUCAUCAUCAUCAUCAUCAUCAUCAUCAUCAUCAUCAUCAUCAUCAUCAUCAUCAUCAUCAUCAUCAUCAUCAUCAUCAUCAUCAUCAUCAUCAUCAUCAUCAUCAUCAUCAUCAUCAUCAUCAUCAUCAUCAUCAUCAUCAUCAUCAUCAUCAUCAUCAUCAUCAUCAUCAUCAUCAUCAUCAUCAUCAUCAUCAUCAUCAUCAUCAUCAUCAUCAUCAUCAUCAUCAUCAUCAUCAUCAUCAUCAUCAUCAUCAUCAUCAUCAUCAUCAUCAUCAUCAUCAUCAUCAUCAUCAUCAUCAUCAUCAUCAUCAUCAUCAUCAUCAUCAUCAUCAUCAUCAUCAUCAUCAUCAUCAUCAUCAUCAUCAUCAUCAUCAUCAUCAUCAUCAUCAUCAUCAUCAUCAUCAUCAUCAUCAUCAUCAUCAUCAUCAUCAUCAUCAUCAUCAUCAUCAUCAUCAUCAUCAUCAUCAUCAUCAUCAUCAUCAUCAUCAUCAUCAUCAUCAUCAUCAUCAUCAUCAUCAUCAUCAUCAUCAUCAUCAUCAUCAUCAUCAUCAUCAUCAUCAUCAUCAUCAUCAUCAUCAUCAUCAUCAUCAUCAUCAUCAUCAUCAUCAUCAUCAUCAUCAUCAUCAUCAUCAUCAUCAUCAUCAUCAUCAUCAUCAUCAUCAUCAUCAUCAUCAUCAUCAUCAUCAUCAUCAUCAUCAUCAUCAUCAUCAUCAUCAUCAUCAUCAUCAUCAUCAUCAUCAUCAUCAUCAUCAUCAUCAUCAUCAUCAUCAUCAUCAUCAUCAUCAUCAUCAUCAUCAUCAUCAUCAUCAUCAUCAUCAUCAUCAUCAUCAUCAUCAUCAUCAUCAUCAUCAUCAUCAUCAUCAUCAUCAUCAUCAUCAUCAUCAUCAUCAUAUUUUUAG